AGCCUGUGACUCAUGCUUGCGUGAAGAGACCAAUGGGCAGCCGACGUCUGAGAUAUAAAUAACAAAUCAAAGAGCUUCUUCGGGGCGCGCGCCGCUGGAUGGAUUUUAUUCGCGUGCUCUGUCGGUACAGCGCGAUCCUGGACAUCGACUUAUAGUUUAUCUGGACUCGGCAACCUGUGCGCGCGCGAGCCGUUGAAAUAUUUCCCAACUGGAGAUCAGAUAACCGAGGACUGAUGGCUGCGUCUGAACCGAGAGCCUCUGGCGGGGACCAGGACCCCAACUCUGCCAAUUUAAUACCUCCAUCCGCAACCAACGAAUACGCGUGGAUGCACGGAUGCACGCGGAAACUGGGGAUGAAGAUUUGUGGGUUCCUGCAGAAGAACAACAGCCUGGAGGAGAAAGGGAGGCUCGCGGGCCACAAGAAUCUUCUCUCGUGCGACAACAGCGACAGGGACGCGCGCUUCCGCCUCACGGAGACCGACUUCUCCAACCUGUUCGCCAGAGACUUGCUGCCAGCCAAAAAUGGAGAGGAGCCCACCAUACAGUUUUUGUUGGAGAUGGUUGAUAUCCUCACCACCUACGUCAAGAAGACUUUCGACCGCUCCACCAAGGUGCUGGACUUCCACCACCCUCACCAGCUCCUGGAAGGCAUGGAGGGCUUCAACCUGGAGCUGUCCGACCAGCCUGAAUCGCUGGAGCAGAUCCUGGUGGACUGCAGGGACACACUCAAAUAUGGCGUCCGCACAGGUCACCCGCGAUUCUUCAACCAGUUGUCUUCUGGCCUGGAUAUCAUCGGUCUGGCCGGGGAGUGGCUCACCUCCACUGCUAACACCAACAUGUUCACCUAUGAGAUCGCUCCAGUGUUUGUGUUGAUGGAGCAGCUGACGCUGAAGAAAAUGAGAGAGAUGAUUGGUUGGCCCAACGGAGAGGGAGAUGGCAUCUUUUCACCAGGGGGCGCUAUUUCCAACAUGUACAGUGUGAUGAUCGCACGCUACAAGUAUUACCCCGAGGUCAAAACCAAGGGCAUGUCUGCUGCUCCCCGCCUGGUCCUCUUCACAUCUGAACACAGUCACUACUCCAUAAAGAAGGCAGGCGCCGCUCUGGGUUUUGGCAGUGAGAACGUGAUCCUGCUGAGCACGGAUGAGAGGGGGAGAGUCAUUCCUGCAGAUCUGGAGGCCAAGAUCAUCGACGCAAAACAGAAGGGCUAUGUGCCGUUGUUUGUGAACGCCACUGCUGGUUCCACCGUGUACGGCGCAUUCGACCCCAUCAAUGAGAUCGCUGACAUCUGUGAGAAGUACAACCUGUGGCUCCACGUUGACGGGGCGUGGGGCGGUGGACUACUGAUGUCCAGGAAGCAUCGCCACAAGCUUAAUGGAGUUGAGAGGGCCAACUCUGUCACAUGGAACCCACACAAGAUGAUGGGUGUGCCUCUGCAGUGCUCUGCAAUCCUGGUCAGGGAGAAGGGCAUCCUGGCGGGCUGUAACUCCAUGUGUGCCGGGUACCUGUUCCAACCGGACAAGCAGUACGACGUCAACUACGACACGGGGGACAAGGCGAUCCAGUGUGGCCGUCACGUGGACAUCUUCAAGUUCUGGCUCAUGUGGAAGGCCAAGGGCACCAUUGGGUUUGAGCAGCACAUUGACAGGUGUUUGGACCUGUCUCAGUACCUGUACAACAAGAUCAAGAACAGGGAGGGAUAUCAGAUGGUGUUUGAUGGAGUGCCCCAGCACACCAAUGUCUGCUUCUGGUACAUCCCACCCAGCCUGAGAGACAUGCCUGACGGCGAGGAGCGGCGGGAGAAGCUGCACAGGGUGGCCCCGAAGAUCAAGGCCAUGAUGAUGGAGUCGGGUACCACCAUGGUCGGCUACCAGCCCCAGGGCAAAAAUGUCAACUUCUUCCGUAUGGUCGUCUCCAACCUCGCCGCCACUCAGUCUGACAUCGACUUCCUCAUCGACGAGAUCGAGCGUCUGGGUCGAGACCUGUAGGCCUGUCAGCCAUCGCUGCUUCGGUGGCCUCUACGCGUUGUAACAGGGGGCCGAGGCCACCGAGGUGAAACCUUCCUAGCGCUGCAGACAGAACAAUGAUAAGACAUGUUUUAGGUUCUUUCUAUCCAGUCUCUCCUUCUCUGCAGCGUUUUGACUGUUUCAACAAGCGACGAGCAGCUAGCUCGCUCGUCCCACAUAGUUCCUCCUCUAGACAAAAUAUGUAAGUACUAAGAAGGCUCACGUCACAACAAACAUGCUCUAAUGUGUGUGUGUGUGUGCUGUGGAUUAUAGUAAUUUGUGUGUGCGUGGGUUUAAUCAGGUUUGUUGUCCAAUGUAGUUUGUCUUUUAACGUCUGUAUGUGUGUGUGAUCAAACACUGGAAGGCAGAAGAGCACAGAUGAAAAUACAACAAACUACUAUAAAAGUAUUCUGCAUUAUCAUACAUUCGCUACACAAAAUUGAAUCGUUGGUGCUUUCAGCUGUGCAUAACAUUUAAUCUCAGCGCACCAACCUGAACCAGUGUCCAGGUCCCAAAAACAGUGUGCGUGAGUGUGGUGUGCAGAUGCAGACCUUGUCAUGUAAUUUAAGCGAGCAUUGUGUUAAAAAUAAGCUUAUGAAUUAAUGUGCACACAUCUGCUAUGUUUUCCCUCGUAAAGGUUUAAGAUUAAGAUUUAAAAUGUCUGUGACAACCUUUAACUUGUAAAACGCUGGCUCGUUGUCUGUUUCAUGCAAUCGUGUGAUACCCAUGUGUGUUUAUAGCAGUGUUGAAAUAUUAAUAUUUGAUUAUAAGAACUCAUAUUUAUUGCAUUUCCGCUGUUUGCAGAUUCAGGUAUUUUAUCGUAAAUGUGUCCUCAUGUGUAUUACAUGGUAAUGCACUUGUAAAUGUAAUCACGGGAACAAGAGUAAAGUUUAUUUAUAGUCAUUUUGUGAGCCAAAGAAAGCCAAUCGGGAACAGAGCAAUCCAUUGUCCUUCAUAUAUAUUAUUGGUGUUUGUAAAAGGUGACCUACUGUAUUAUUGAACCUCGACUGCGAUGCAAUUUCUAUAGUGUGUUUCUUUCUGUGAUUGUGACUCUUUUUGACCGAAUGUUUUGAGAUGACUGACAGGCCUUCUGAUGAGAUUAAGUCUAUAUAAUAAUCUGGCAGUUGUGCCAGUCUUUUAUUUUAGAGAAUAGCACAAGGAUGUGAGAAUGUACUCUCCUCUUGAGACUGGCAAGAAAGUAUUGUUGUAUCUGUCUGAAUCCUAAUGCAUCUACUGUAAUAUAGUAUAUAUUAAUUGUAAUACAUAUUACCUGUAUUCUCAGUGUCAUGGGAACGGAAUGGAAUAUCUUGUAUGAAGCGUUCCUGUUUGUGUCUUUGCACAAUGUUCACCUUUCUUUCUUCCAUUGUAAAUGGACGUGUACUAUGGCAGUAUUAUAUAAGACUUAUGUUGAAGUAUUAACGAUAACUAGGGACCAUAUGUGAAUGACCCAAAAAACAUACUUACGGUAAUCUGUGUGCUGUAUGUGGCCAAUGACUCCUGCUUGUUUGAUUCAGCCAGCUGUAAGGGAACGUUUGAGGCACUUUAACAGAAUCAUCUUCAAAAAGAUCUUUAAUAAAGUAUAUUGACGGGAAA